CGCCUACUUCCGCCGGGCCGCGGGCUCCCCGAUCCCCGGCGCGGAGCCGCCGCGCGCCGCCCUGUGCGCAGGCGCGGUCUGCGGCCCCAGGCCCCCGCGCGGCGCUAUGCCGGCCGCGCACGUCUCGCGGGUGCGGGCCUUGUACCGGCGCAUCUUGCUGCUGCACCGCGCGCUGCCCCUCGACCUCAAAGCCCUGGGCGACCAGUACGUGAAGGACGAGUUUAGGCGACAUAAGGCGGUUGGUGCUGACGAGGCCCGGCGGUUCUUGCAGGAAUGGGAGGCGUAUGCAGCAGUGCUAUGGCAACAAGCUAACGAAAACAGCCAAAAUUCAACUGAAAAAGCAUGUUUUGGAGCCGCCCUCCCAGAAGAGAAACUUAAUGACUUUCGUGAUGAACAAAUAGGACAGCUGCAGGAGCUGAUGCAAGAAGCCACUAAACCCAAUAGGCAAUUUAGUAUUACUGAGUCUGGGAAACCAAAAUGUUAGUCUGUACAAUAAAGCUUAACAAAAGCA